CCUGGCCCAUUUAUCAAUAUGCAAAUACCACUCUAUACAUCAGGUGAGGCUUAAGAUUAUUAUCUCAGCCUUUGAUGCCCUAGUUUCACACACUAUAUACAUAACCAAUGGGUUUACCCUGCAGUGGCAGUGCAUCCAUAUUGGAAACCCACAUAGCAAUGUACAUAUGUGCCAUUCCAGGAACUGUUUAUGGCUGAAUAAAUAUAUAAUAAAUAAUCAACUUCAAUAUGCAUAGUUGCAUACUAGUGAUAGUACGGUAUCACUAGUAUUACUAUAUAACUAUACAGUAGUGUACUGUAUAUAAAAGUAUUAUCUACUUCUACUAUCAAUUCUCACUCCCACAGUAGCUACAGACAACCUACCACUGAUACUCCCUUUUGAUAAAUCUGUACAUAAUGGCAGCAGUACCACUAUGCCUGCUAAGCCCAUCACUGCUAUAUUAAAGAGUAUGCUAUAGCUUUACAGCACUGAUAGCAAUUGAGAAGAGCCUAGGUUUAAAAACAGUUGUAAUGAAUGGCCAAAAUAACCACCCCUUUAUAUUUAUAUUUUACAUUAGCAUGAACUAAACAAGUGGAACAUGGCAGAUUUUGACAUGGAGACAGGAAAGGAUGGAAACAGGAGGCUAUGCUGCUGCAAAUGCUAGAAAAUAAAAUGAUAGUGAUAAGGAGUUUAUUAAACUAAACAGGAAAUGCCAACUGAUUACCGGGCUAAUGCCAAUCCCAGUUCCUCAUCUUUUAUCAUUUGACCUUAGCUUUUCUUGUGUUCUCAUCUUUAAUUCAGUUGAUAUUAAGGUUAAUCUAAUCUGCUUUUUAAUGUGCACAGGUGAAACUCCAGCUGACAUCUUUCGGGAGAAGUAUGGUGACAUUUUUCCAUUGAUUGGAAAAGAGCCAAACUUCACUAAUGUUACUGGUAAUCUCUUUGCAAACAAGCUGAUUACUCCAGGAGAGAUUGGUCGAAUAAAAACACAACAUAAUCUCGAUGAUAAUAAGAGAGGAGAUGCCCUAGCUAUGAAUCUUUUUGAAAAAAUAGAUGUAGAUGAUAAUGACAAGUCUGCCCAAUGUUUACUAAAGAUAUGUGAUGUGUUUGAAAGCAAAAAAGUGGAUAAUGAAGAACUAAAGAAACUUGGAUCAGGCAUGAGGGAAAAGCUAUUAAGCACAACUGCUACAUCACAAGUACCAACUGAUGCUAUCUCUUCUGCUCCACCACAACCCAGUGAACCCACAACUACACAGACAAACCCAAAUGAACUAAAUGUAGGUGAUGUCGAGAAAGUUUUAAAUGCUUUAAAUAAAGCAAUGUUUGGUCCUACAAAAUGGAGGAGCUUAGGACUAUCUCUGGGUCUCAUUGCGCCGACACUUGAUACAAUUGGUAAAACAAAUGGUGAUUCCGAAGAUUAUCUGGAAAAAACUAUUCAAAAAUGGUUGCAAAGAAAGGAUCAAGUUAAAGGAACAACAUGGAAGAUCUUGAAAGAAGCAGUUGCAAGUACUGGAGACAAUGCAGCUGCUGGAAAAAUACCAUAACGUUAAAUUUAAUUAUUAUUGUCCCUUUUUUAUUAUUAAAGUUGUUGCUGUUUAGUGUUGACAUCUCAACAACUGUUUAGUGUUUAUUAGAAAAAG